CAGCGCCCGGGCCGGAGCGAAGCGGCGGUGGCGCGUGGCCGCUCGGAUCCAGCAUGACUGCCGUGGGCGUGCAGGUGCAGAGGCUGUGGGGCCCCCAGAGGAAGCCCCACCGAUCUUUCUUCGAAGCCUUCAUCCGGACCCUCAUCAUAACCUGUGCGACACUGGCCGUGGUUAUCUCUUCAGUCUCCAUCUGUGACGGGCGCUGGCUUCUUGCUGAGGACCGUCUCUUCGGCCUGUGGCACUUCUGCACCGCCACCAACCAGACUGGGCUGCACUGCCUCCGAGACCUGAGUCAGAGCCAGGUGCCCGGGCUGGCCGUGGGCAUGAUCCUGGCCCGUAGCAUGGCCACGCUGGCCGUGGUGGCUGCCAUCUUUGGCCUGGAGAUGCUCAUGGUGUCUCAGGUGUGCAAGGAUAAGCACGCACGGUCCAGGUGGGCCAUAGGCUCCAGGCUGCUUCUGGUCGCCUUCGUGUUGUCUGGCGGGGGGCUUCUGACUUUCGUGAACCUGCUCAGGAACCAGGCCACGUUCAUCGGCUUCACCUUGACCUUCUGGUGCGAAUUCACCGCCUCCUUCCUCUUUUUCCUGAACGGCAUCAGCGGCCUGCACGUCAACAGCAUCACCCAGCCCUGGGGCUAGCCAGGAAAAUUCUAGACAGGCUGUGAGAGAUGUGGUCAACAUGGGACUGGUCCAGUGUCACUUCUGGCAGGGGUGGGGUGGGGCAAUAAUCCUGAAGCUGCUGGCUUGUGGGGCCACUGACCUUUAAGUGGUCAUCCAGGCUCAGGACCCCUGAGGCAGUCAGCAGGGCUGAAGGCCAGGAGGGUGUGUCUCUGGGCCACCAGCUGUCACAGGCCCCGUCACUGCUAUUAGGAUGAUGAUUAUAGGAGAAGAAAACUCA